UUCUUUUUCAAUUUUCAAAGUUAGAUUUAUUUUACUUUUGUUUCUGUUCAUCAGUAUUAUUUAUAAUGAGUUAGCGUAUCAUAUAUAAGCGCUUUCUUUUGCCUUCUUACGCUUUUCUAAUUUAUAUUAUCAACAUUGUCAUUAUUUUGUUAAAGUAAUGUCAAAUACUGUUGGUAUUAAAAAUAAAAUUUUAAAACUACAGAGUUCACAAAUAGUUCGAAAUGGGACCCACAAAAAAGAUAAAAAGGAUAGAGGAGAUCAAUUUUCUUCUUCAGACGAUCAAGAAAAUCAACAAAUAAAUGAAUUGGUGCAGAAGUUACCAAAACUAAAUAGUAUAUUUGAAGUUCACCGCAAAAUAGGGGAAGGGACUUUCAGUUCUGUUUACCUUGGCUCACUGCGGCAACAUGCCAAUCUCCCAGAUGGACAAAAGCGUUUGUUUGCUAUAAAACACCUAGUUCCUACAGCUCAUCCGGCAAGGGUUGAACAUGAACUAAAAUGCCUACAAGACAUAGGUGGCAGACACAAUGUGAUUGGCGUGGAAUUAUGCUUAAGGCAAUUAGACACUAUUGUGUUUAUUAUGCCAUACAUACCCCAUAGAAAAUUUGCAGAAUAUAUGGAUGAUAUGGACAGGGACGAGGUGUCUCGUUACUUGCACGCAUUGCUGAUAGCCCUUAGACAUGUACACUCCUUUGGUGUCAUCCAUCGCGAUGUUAAGCCUAGCAACUUUCUCUAUGACCGGGAGCGCAGGAGGUAUUUGUUAGUGGACUUUGGUCUUGCGCAGCCCGUGGUAACCAUUGAGCCUCCACCAGCCCAUAGCAAUGGAACCGCAAAACGACUGCGGGAAGAGGACUGUGAUUCCUCGCCAGGAGCCAAACGUGUUGCAUUGGACUUGUCGCUGCGCGGGCGACAUGUUUCGGUACCACGCCGCGGAGACACCAUCAAACAAACACCGCUUAAACACGUCACAAAGGUCUCAGGCUUAAACGUAAGCUGCGCUUGUGCGGGUUUGGGUGGAGUCUGCACAGGUUGUGGUCGAAGGCCAACGGCUCGGGCUCCAAGGGCGGGAACGCAGGGCUUUAGGCCCCCGGAGGUGCUCCUCAAAAGCCCCUUGCAGGGAACCGCCGUCGACGUCUGGGCUGCUGGGGUCGUUCUCGCUUCACUCCUUACUUCCAGGUAUCCAUUUUUUCGAGCUGCAGAUGAUGUGUCAGCGCUGGCUGAACUCGUGGACUUGCUGGGUUCCGACGCCGUGCAUCGCGUCGCGGCGUUUCUACGUCGCCGAGUGGUAAUGUCAGGCAGUCGCACGGGCAUCUGCCUUCGCAAGUUGGCGCAGCGUCUACGUAACCCAACUCCCCCUCCGUGCCUAUUCCCCGAGUGCCUCCGUUGUCGUCUUCCCGCUCCACAGUGUCUCUGCCUCACCGCGGAUACGCAGGAGCGCAACAUGGAAACGAUAGUAGUGGAUGACCUACCGGAGGCAGCUUUUAAUCUAGCAGCUCGGCUGUUGGACCCCGACCCGCGUACACGCAUUACGGCUGAGCAGGCGCUAAAGCAUCCUUUCUUAGCGCAUCUGCCCCACUGACCACCAAGCGAAAUCAAUGGAGGAAAUGACGUGAGCGGACAGGGUGAGAUCGGUAAACAAUAGGAACCCAAAUUAAAUGUAGUUUUAAUACAUGUGAAACCAAUUUUGCCUAUGAAGUUUGACAGUUUCCCUUACUCAAUUAAUGGCCACUGUUAUGUGCCAAAGUUUUGGCUUUUUCCUACUAGAAGAAUGUGCCCUAAAUUUACCAAAGACAACAGUUGUCACUUUCAUGCCAGGCUGGAUUCGCUCUCACUUUUUUAACUAAUAACGGUCAUGUUACAUACAAUAAUGUGCAAAUUCCUAAAUAAUUUUUACUAUAAACUUUAGAAAUGUUAAAUUGCAUUCAGCUAUGUAAUUUACAAUUGAUGUAGUUUUAAUUAUUUUUAUGAAUGUUUACUACAAUUCCUGUCUCAAGUAGAAUUCACAGGCUGUGAUUGUUAAGAACUUUAGCUAAAAAAGGUUCGCAUUUGGUUGUAUGUUUCCUCCAUGAGUCAUCUAAUUGUUCUUUGUGGAUAUGUUUAUGUUGAUGUAUUUUUCUUAUUAACUUAGUUCUUGUUACCAUAAGGAGGCCAAAUCAUCCAAUAUUACCUCAUUAUUUAUUUAAAUGCGCGCGCAAAUGAUGUUCUUUUAACUUUGAUAAUUCGUAUUUUAAAGCUUUAACUUCAUGGAUAUCAUACCGAAAACAUUGUAGAUUUAACAUUAUUAGAAUUGUGUUUACCAUUUUGUAGUAAUAGAGAUCUCAGAUUAAUUUUAAGGUAUCAAUUCUUCGGACUGUUAGUAAAAUUUUACAAGAAAAUUAAAUUUGUAUACAAUGAAGGCAAAAUUGAUAUUUGGAAUACCUGCUUAGAAUUGAUAAGUAACAUGUCUUCCUCAACAGUGUUCAUUAGCUGUUAACAGUGCCUUGCAUAUGAAUUGUUGUGCCUUGUUAAAAUAAAUAUUUUAAAUGA